UGUAGUCUCGGCACGGGAGAGCUUGUGGCCGCCACCUCGGGCCCUCCCCCGCUGAAAGCCGAAGAGGACCGAAGCGGAUGUAUAUUGCCAUAUUAUUACGAUACCCGAGGUCGUCUUCUCUUGCUUAUUACUUCAAUCCAUUCCCAUCCUCUUCUUUUCUCUCCAUUCUGCCUGUCCUGUUACGUCUUGAUACCCCCUCAUAUACAUCGAAAUGUCUCCUGCUCAACUACGAUCCGCUGGCCGGCUGGCCCAGCUUGCUGGACAUGUGAAUGGCGCGCGACAGUUCUCUACACGGCCGGCUCUGCGUAAAGAGAUUCAGGACGCCUACAUCCUGAGCGCCGCUCGAACUCCUACAGCAAAGUUCAACGGCUCGUUCCUGUCAGUAUCGGCUCCUAAGCUCGGCGCUGUCGCUAUCAAGUCCGCCCUGGAAAAGUCAAAGGUCCCCGUCGAGAAGAUCACCGAUGUAUACAUGGGCAACGUUCUCCAAGGCUCUGUUGGCCAAGCGCCCGCUCGACAGGCCGCCAUCUUCGCUGGUCUGCCCAAGGAGAUCGAGGCUACCACUAUUAACAAGGUCUGCGCUUCUGGACUGAAGGCCGUUGCUCUGGCCGCUCAGAACAUCCAGCUAGGUCUCUCUGAGGCUCAGAUCGCUGGUGGAAUGGAGAACAUGUCACAGGUUCCAUACUACGUGCCCCGCGCCAGUGGUCUUCCUGCUUUUGGCCACGUGAAGAUGGAGGAUGGUCUUAUUAAGGACGGACUUACUGAUGUUUAUGAUCAAUUCCAUAUGGGCAACUGCGCUGAGAACACUGUCAAGAACUACAAGAUCACCCGCGAGCAGCAGGACGAGUACGCUAUCCAGUCAUACCGCAAUGCGCAAAAGGCUUGGGCCGACAAGGCCUUUGCUGACGAGAUCGCCCCCGUUACCGUCAAGUCACGAAAGGGCGAGACUGUUAUCGACACCGAUGAGGGAUUCAACGAGGUCAAGUUCGACAAGAUCCCUACCCUGAAGCCUGCUUUCGUUCGUGACGGAAGUGGCACUGUCACCGCCGCCAACUCAUCGACUCUUAACGAUGGUGCUAGUGCUCUUGUUCUCGGAAGCAAGGCCAUUGCCCAACAGUAUGGCUCUGGCUCGCGCGUUCUGGCCAAGAUCUGCGGUUACGCUGAUGCUGCCACUUCUCCCAUUGACUUUCCUAUCGCUCCCGCCAAGGCUGUCCCCAUCGCUCUCGAGCGUGCCGGUAUCACCAAGGAUCAGGUUGCCAUCUGGGAGUUCAACGAGGCUUUUGCCAGUGUGAUCCUGGCCAACUCUAAGAUUCUGGGUCUUGAGGGUGCCAAGGUUAACCCUCUGGGUGGUGCUAUCUCACUGGGCCAUGCUCUUGGCAGCUCUGGUUCACGAAUCUUGACAACUCUGCUACAUCAGCUUAAGCCUGGUGAGUAUGGUGUUGCUGCUAUUUGCAACGGUGGUGGUGCUGCGACUGCACUGGUUGUCCAGCGUGUUGAGUCUGUAUAAAAAGGUUUAUGAGCCAUAACGAUAGAGUAUUUAUGAUUGAUAGUCGAGGAACAAAGCAAAAUAAGAUAAAAAUUGAAUAAUAGCAAGGAAGAUCAUUUCAGUGCAGCUCGUAUUUUUACCUGCAAUGUGUAUGCCAU